GACUGCCGCUGAGAGUGACAGGAGCAGUGUGCGGUCAAACUCGUGUCCCCUUGGGUCGCUCCUUCACCCGCCUCUCGUUUACCUGUGUUGAAGAUGCUCUCACGAGGGCUCAGGACGCGACUGACCGAUUGUUAUCAGCUGUCGGUCGUGCUGUUGCUAGUAUUUAUCUUGUGUGUAGAUGGAUCGGCUCUACACCUGCGAGUUACGAGGGCUGGAGGUGUCCCCGGUCCAGAGGUGGAGGUAACCUGGACGCUGCCUACCCACCACCCAGGUCUCACCCUCACCUGGUCCUCCCUCACCUACACCUCUCAGAUGACCUCGAAAGAAGUGGGUAAUCAUCUGUUGGAGAACACACUCAGCAGCUACACCAUCAACGAGGGCCUCAAGUACGACCAGCAGUACCGAGUGUGUCUCAAGUGGGAGGCCGCCGAGUGUGAGCAACUCGCCUCCGUCUGUAGCUUCUUGAAGGUGCCAAGAUUACCACAGAGCAAGGCGCACAAAGGUGGGUCGCUCUACCUUGUGAUGGGUCCCGUGCACAGCAAAAACCUGUCGGUGGUGUGGGGGCAGAUACCCACUUCCUCCUACGUCCAGGACUCCUCCCACUCCACCAAGGGGUUUAGAAUCACCUGGAGGAGGGUGGAGGGCCGGGUCGGUCAUCCAGGUCACGCCUCCAACCUUGUCUCCAGCAAGCACCUCAUCAGGGGACUCAUUCCAGGCACAAGGUACGAGGUGUGUGUAGGGGAGACUCACUCCCCCGACGACCAGCUGAUCUGUGACGUCAUCACCACUGCCGAGGAUGUGCCUGGCCCACCAGAGACGGAGGGAGGGUCGUGUGGCAUCCAGGCCCGGGGCACACACUGGCUCUGUGACGUCACCUGGACCACCCCUGAGAAGACCCACGGCAAGAUUAUUGGGUACCUGGUGGAAUGGAAGGACAGGGAGGGGUACGUGUUGAUGGAGUCUAUUCCGCGGGGUGUGUUGUGUGAGCCUCACUGCUACCACUCCCAGGUGGUCAACUUCCACCCAUCCGAGGUGUGCGUCUCCGCCAGGACCCGCGCCGGCCAGGGCUGGGAGAGCUGCGUCCCUAUACACGAUGUGUCAGGGAGGAUUCUGGCGUUCUUUGAGCUCAAGGUGAUGCUGAUCAUCGGGGUGACUGUGGUCAGCUACCAGCUAGGUCCUACACUCGUCAAGGCGCUGCUACGAUGCUGUAUACGAGGGAUAUACAGGCAGAUGGAGGGAGAGAAGCAACACCCGGUCUAACCAAAAUAAACAAACUUACUCA